GGGGCACCCAACUCCAAAGCCUCCAACUCCUUGUCCUGAUAUUUCCAUCCGUCGUCCUCACAUACUCCCUAUCUGAUAUCUCCAUCAUCGGCUGGGACGGCCGGCUCCUGUAUAGUUGCUGCCGAUCGAUUUGCCUUUCUGUGUGUCAUCACGUCGGUCGGGCUCAAAAUAAGCAUCCUCCUCCUCAUCUCGUCGAUCUGAUUAUUAUUAUACAUUGCUCGUGCCAUUUUCUUGUGUCUCUGUGCGUGCGUGUGUUUAUUUGUCCAUGCAUAUCGAUCCAUCUCUAUACAUCUCCAACGACGCCAACCGUACCGCCGGCUAGUCGUCGUCGUCGUGCGUGGGAUCGAUCCGAUCCUCGCCGCCGGCCGCUGCUCACGAGUCACGACCAAGGAUGGACACCUCCUCCGGCGACCUCACCAACGGCGGCGGCGCCACCUCCAGCGCCCAGACGACAACGAAGCCUCUGACCAUGUUCUACAACGGCGGCGUCGCCGUGUUCCAUCUCCCACAAGAUAAGGCGGAGGUUGUCAUGAACAUGGCGGCGGGUGAGGACGGCGGCGGCGGCGGCCGCCACCUGCAGCCAAACCACGGCGACGAGUUGCUCGCCAAGUUGAGACAAGGGAUGCCCGCGGCAAGCAAGAUAUCUCUGCAGCGUUUCUUCCAGAAGCGCAAGGAGAGGUUGUAUGGGCCUUGAUCAUCAUCGGCUCACAGUGGAGAACCAACUCAUGAUAAAGAUAAGGAAGAGCCCAUUUUGUUUCGUUGCACUUAGAAAUGUAUAUGAAGAGUUGAAGACCUACUUAGUAAUGUACAUAUGGAUUCCGUCUUGUUGAUCUUGUAUUAGUACAUGCAUGUUAUUAUUCUCUCUGUCUACAACUUUUGUUGUUUAAAAAUGUUCUCCAUAAAUAAGAGAACUCCUCCUGCGCA